UUUAACUAUGUAUUAUUAUGGUGAGUGUUAUCCAUAUAACAUAGUACACCGUGAUUUAAUAAUACAAUUAAUUUGACACUAAAAUAUUUAAAGCACACAUUAAGAUUUUAUCUCUUUAGUUUUUAAUUUGGAAACGGUGUCUUUUUUCAAAAAAGAACUCGUUAUUCAGCAAGUUGUACAAAUCAUAUUUUCUGUGACUGCAGUUGAGCGCUUCUCUAACACAAAUCGUGUGCACAAUAAUGAUUAACAAUAUUAUAAUAUGGAAAGUAAAACUUUUGAACAGCGCAGUAGCUGGUAGUAGAAAGUUGUGCAAACAUAAAACCUAUUUCAACCACAAUUAUAUGAAUGGACUAUUUUUAAUUGUAUAUACGAUGGCUUUGAUGUUUCCAUCACAUAUUAGCACACUUGAAACGGAGUCUAAUAAAAUCAGGUGCUCAGAUUCAAUGACGUGCACCAAAUGUACAAUCAAACCAAUGUGUGCAUGGUCUCUUAAACAACAAGCUUGUGAAAACAAGAACACAUUUGCCUCGUCGAGUUUAAUUUCAUCUAGAAUAGGAGAAUGUCCUCAGUAUUCAGUGGUUACAAAAUAUGAAUAUAGUAAUAUAACACACAUUUAUGUAGAUAUCUUUCUUAAAAUAACGAAUGAUUUAGUAGGUUUCGUGAAUUAUAUUAACAGCAAUACAAUGUAUUACCAAGUUCAAAAUUCUUUUACAGAACCAGUUAAUAGAAUCAAUGAAACGAAUAUAAAUUACUCGUUCGUUUUCCGAAGAAAAUUUUUAAAUGUUAAUACGCCAUCGCUCACUCUUUUUGUAUUUCUUAAGUUCAAUGAUGUCAUGCUGCGGUUUGACAACGUUGCAGAUAACUAUGUUACGGUUUAUGAACACGAGGAAUGUGUAACCGACGAUAAGUAUAAAUCCUGUGCUACGUGCGGAUGGAAUAUCGACGGAUACUCGAACUAUUUGAGGUGGUGUCCCUCCGAGAAUACCUGCAAAGUUAGCAAGAAUUUAUACAUGAAGAACAGCGCUACAAAUGAGUUACAUGAAAAGGUAGCGUACGUGACGAAUGAUUGUGCCGAAAUAAAUGUAACGGCAGUCGACCCACUGUCUGGGCCGAAAACCGGUGGAACGACGGUAACGAUUAUAGUUAGGAACCACAGGAUAUUCAUGGAGAAUCGAUCGUUAAAGGUAAUGGUGGCUGGAACAUUGUGCAUGAAUCCCAAGACGUCUGGAAUCGAGACUAUAACCUGCACUACUUCACAGCCAUCUGGAACACCAUCCGGUCCGGUCCUGGUUGAGUACUCAUCAAUCGAAGGCGUAUUGAAGAUCGAGUCGUCGCAAAGAUUCCAAUUCUGUUUCAACCCCGUACUGGACGCGAACCAAACACUUGUAGGCGUAAUGUCCGGUGGCACUUCCGUGCUGGUCCGUGGUGGUCAUUUCGUUGAACCUUGCAUUGUUUCCUCUGUCCGGCUGUACGUUGACCUGCCCGACGGUGUCAGAUGGUACGCAGAUAGUUAUUGUGACACACCGAUUAACGACACAUACAUGGUUUGCCGUUCGCCAAGAAUGAACUGCGCUCAUUGGGACGGUAAUAUGAAGGUGGUGGGACGACUGUUUAAUUUUGGGCUGAUGAAAUUCACUGAAAAUCAGCCGCUACACAUCAACGGGACGUUACUUAGCUUUUAUGUGAACCCGGAUCCUGUUCUUGAGAAAUUCAUAAUAGACGAAAAUGGUUCAAUAGUCAUCAACGGCCUUAACUUAGAACAUCUCCGUCUAGAUGAUAUCGUGGUACGGUUUCUUAAUUCAUCGGAUACCGAUUGCGUAGUAAUAUCAAUUAAAUUAGAACUUAUUAUAUGCAACCCAACCACGGCAAUCAACCCAGAUAAGUUGCACGAGAUUUUAGUCAAUAUUGGAGAUUCUUUGUCGUACACAUUAGCCAAUAGAUCACCGACACCUAUCGUUGGUCCUUCCAAUCUUCUGGUUUCCGAAUAUCCGUCCAUACUUCUAUACUCAAAUGAAACUAGUUGUUCAGAUUCAAUGACGUGUACCAAAUGUACAAUCAAACCUAUGUGUAUAUGGUCCCUUCAACAACAGGCAUGUGAAAACAGGACUCAAUUUAAUUCUUCUGGUUUCAUAGUCGUUAGAAUAGAGAAAUGUCCACGGUUUUCAGUAGUUAAAGAAUUUAACUAUGAUAAAUCAACCGUUUCCCUGAAAUACAUUGUUAAGUUAUCUAAUGAUAUGGUAGGUGUCAGAAAUUAUUUUAACGACAUUGUACUUUAUAACAGAUUUCCAACAUAUUGCAAAUAUCCAACACGACAAGUUAACACAUAUAACGAAACAAUUAUAUCGUGUGAUUUUUUUGUAAAGAAAUUAUAUUUUGAUCAUAAUAAUCCAUCUUACACUUUUUUCACUUUUAUUAAAUUCAAUGACGUAAUUCUGCGGUUUGAUAACGUCGCAGAUCACUAUGUAACAUUUUAUGGGCAUGAAGAGUGUGCUAACGACGAGAAGUACAAUUCAUGUGCUACCUGCGCAUGGAAUAAUGAUGGGUACUCGCACUACUUGAUAUGGUGCUCUUCCAACCACACUUGUCAGGUUAAUAAAAAUGUAUAUAUGAAGAACAAUGGUUAUGAACAGUUAAGCUUAAAAUUAACGCACUUGACAAAUAAUUGUGCUGAAAUAAACGUUACGGCAGUCAAUCCGCUGUCUGGACCAGAAACCGGUGGCACGACCUUAACAAUCACAGUUAGGAACCACAGGAUAUUAGCAGAUAACCGAACGGUAAUGGUGACGGUAGCUGGAACAGUGUGUGUGAAUCCGAGGACGUUGGGACCAGAAACUAUAACUUGUACUACAUCACAAUACAACGAAACAUUGUCGGGUCCGAUUCUGGUCGAGUACACAUCCAUUGAAAAUGUACUGAAGAUUGAGUCAUCUCAGAUAUUCCAGUUUUGUCUUAAUCCAGUAUUGGACACUAACCAACAACUUGAAGGCAUAGCUUCGGGUGGCACUUCCGUACAGGUCCACGGUGGUCAUUUCGUUGAAUCAUGCUUCCCAUUUUUCGCCCGACUGUAUGUCGACCUAGCUGAUGGAGUCAGACGGUACGCAGACAGUUAUUGUGAUCCACCAGUCAACGAAACGUACUUGGUCUGCCGAUCACCGAGUGUGAACGGCGCUAGCUGGGACGGGGAUGCAUCGGUUGCGGGGCGUUUUCUGAACUUCGGACUAGAUAUCACAUUCAGUAACGAUGAUUUCUCUGUGAAUCAAACGCUGCCAAUCGUGGUUAGUGGCCCAUUACUCAGAUAUUACGUACAACCCGAUCCAGUUCUCUUAGACUUUGAAAUAGACACAAGCGGUUCACUAGUUGUCAAUGGCCUCCACUUGCAGCAUGUUCAGCCCAAAGACAUCAUGAUACGGUCAGUGGAUUCAUCGUCCUCAGUUUGUGUAGUCGUAUCGGUAACACAACACAGUUUGAAGUGUGAGCCGACCAUGAAUGUCACUGAAAUUUCCGUCACAUUAGGAAAUUCGUUGGUGUUCACGGGGAUCAAGAAAACAUUGUCUCUUCACGAGGAUCCAUCCAAACUUCCUAGCUGGUUCCUCGCGAUCAUUGCCAUGUUCACGGUACUGGUGUUUGUCUGUGCCUUAACUUGUUGCUUAAGAAUGAAAUAUCGUAAUACCGCAACGGAAAAUAUUCAUAACCCGUCGGUGGCAUUCACAAGAUCACAGGACCUAGAUAAACAUACCGCACUAUAAUUUUGAAUAGUUUUAUUGGUAGUGUAUAUUUGUUAGUUGUUAUUAAAAAUACAUUAAUAUUUAACUUUAACGAUUGGUUUUUUACACGUCAUUGUACAUAAUAUACACACUGUACAAAAUUAAAACAUUUGAUGUUGAUGUUCUAAUUAUGGUUCCAGAUGGAAAUAUUCGAUUGAGCACAUAUAAUUGAAGCUUUAGAGAUUCCAAGAAAGAAUUUGUAUCUUAAUUUCCUUGCUCAUUUAUAUCUCUAAAUAAAGAAAUUAUAACUCAAAAUAGUUAAGAGAGUUCAAUGUAUGUUUGUACCUUAUAAGAGUAUAUUUCUAUCAUACUAUA